GAAGAAGAAAUUUGAAUUUUCUGGUCUGCGGCUGGACUGGUUCAGGCUGCAGGCAUACACCAGCGUUAGUAAGGCUCCCUUGCAACUGCGGGAGAAUCAUGACAUUGCCAAGGUGAUGAAUCUCAUCGUCUUUCACACUAAGAUGCUGGACUCGGUGGAGGACUUGAUGGUCGAGACAUCGGACCUCUCUAUAUUCUGUUUCUAUGUGCGCCUCUUGGAGAAAGUCUUUGCAUCCACCAUGGAGGAGCCAUCAAUGUUGCGCUAUUCCAUUGCUUUCCCGCUUCUGUGUGCCGACUUCAGCCAUGCCUCCCAUCCAUUGUGCCCCGAGGAGUAUCCUCAUCUGCAGAGCUGUGCCUUGGGUCUGUGCAACAAUUUCCUGGAAGAGAUGGCUAAACAGGCUUGCACUUGUAUCCUGGAUGCCUCUGCUGAACAGCGCAACCUGAGUGAGCAGCUCUUACCCAAGCACUGUGCUGCCACCAUCAGCAAGGCUCGGAACAAGAGGACCCAAAAAGCAUCGUCCAAGAAGGGAGAGCCAGAGAGGGACAAGCCUGGUGCAGAGAGCCACCGGAAAGACCGCAGCCUGGUCACCAAUCUGGACAAGCUGCACCUGACGCUGACUGAGAUCUGCUGGAGCCUGAACAACGUGACCAGUUUUGCUGUCUUUGAGCACACCGUGACGCCAGCAGAGUACCUCAGCAGCCAGCUGGAGACACGCCUUAGCAGGUCUUUGGUGCGGCUGGCAAAGCCAAACCCAAGCUCCCCAGAACUGGCACGUCCCUCAGAAGCGUUGGCAGGUGUGCAGGCCUAUACCACUUUCCUGGUUUCACUGAUGCAUCGCAUAGGUCUGGAUACUGGGCGCCUCCUCCGCAACGUGCUUCUGCAGCAGACCCAGCCCCUGGAUGCAAGUGGGGAACAGACCCUCACCACACUCUAUACCAACUGGUACCUGGAGUCACUAUUGCGCCAGGCCAGCAUGGGCUCCAUUGUCCUUUCCCCAUCAAUGCAGACCUUUGUCAGUAUACCCAAAGAAGGGGAACAGACCUUCAGUGCUGAAGAGUUUUCUGAUGUUUCAGAGAUGCGAGCCCUGGCAGAACUCCUUGGGCCCUACGGAAUGAAGUUCCUAAGUGAUAACCUCAUGUGGCACAUCACCUCGCAAAUGGUGGAGCUGAAGAAACUAGUGACAGAGAAUAUGGAUGUACUGGUUCAGAUCCGAUCUAACUUCUACCAGCCAGAGCAGAUGGCCGCACUGCUACCCCGCCUAACUGCCGCCGAAAAUGUUCUGAAGAGGAUGACCAUAAUUGGGGAGAUUCUGUGGUUCAGGUCCCUGGCGCAAGAGGGCCUUCAAGAGGUGUUCACCAAUCACUGCCCUUUUCUGAUGGGCCCCAUCGAGUGCCUGAAGGAAUUUGUCGAUCCUGACAUGGACAUAAAGGUGACCUUGAGCAUCUUUGAACUAGCCACAGCUGCAGGGGUCCCUUGCGACAUUGACCCAGCCUUAGUAUCCGCCCUUUCCAGCCUCAAGAAAGACAGCUCU